AUGGAGGAGCAGUCCUGUCUCCUGCCCAGGAAUGCAGUGUGGCUGUGUAGGUCUGAUUCACAGCUUGGUACUGACUCCUCUGCAGAACCUCAAGACUUGCCUCGAGAAGUCUUUGCUGUUGAUCCAACCAAUACGUGUCAAACUCCGAGCACAGAGGUUCUCUACAGAUGCAGGAAAUGCAGACGCGCUCUGUUCCGAAGUUCCAGCAUUUUGUCCCACGUGGAAGGGAGUGGACCGACAGCCUUUGCCCACAAGAGGAUAACAGACUCUAUGCAGCUUUGUGGCAAUGGCCAUGAAAAGUGCACCUCUUACUUCAUUGAGCCUGUGCAGUGGAUGGAGCCAGCACUGCUUGGAGUGUUGGAAGGACAGCUGCUGUGUCCCAAAUGCAGAUCGAAGCUGGGCUCCUUCAGCUGGAGGGGUGAGCAGUGUUCCUGUGGCUGCUGGGUGACACCAGCCUUCCAGAUCCAUAAAAGUCGAGUGGAUGAAGUGAGGACACUGCCAGUUGGUAACUUCCAAACUGCCAAACCCUGA